UUUCUUUUUAAAGAGUCAUCUGUUCUAGUGGAUCAGACUUUUUAAAUGUUUGGGAUUCAAGAUACAUUAGGAAGAGGACCAGCUCUGAAAGAGAAAGCUCUAGGCGCGGAGAUGGAUUCGGUCCGGUCCUGGGUUCGAAACGUCGGAGUGGUGGAUGCAAACGUUGCGGCGCAAAGCGGGGUAGCCCUGUCCCGGGCUCAUUUUGAGAAACAGCCUCCUUCCAACUUGCGAAAAUCCAAUUUCUUCCACUUCGUCUUGGCCCUCUAUGACCGGCAGGGUCAGCCGGUGGAGAUCGAAAGGACCGCCUUCGUGGACUUCGUUGAAAACGACAAAGAACAAGGUAAUGAGAAGACCAACAACGGCACCCACUACAAAUUACAGCUCCUUUAUAGCAAUGGGGUCAGGACCGAACAGGAUCUCUUUGUCCGGCUCAUCGACUCCGUCACGAAGCAGCCCAUAGCUUAUGAGGGACAGAACAAGAACCCGGAGAUGUGCCGAGUUCUACUCACACACGAAGUCAUGUGCAGAUUCUUUUUAAAAUUUUUCCUGAAGUGCAAUCAGAAUUGUUUGAAAACAGCAGGAAACCCCAGGGACAUGCGACGCUUCCAGGUGGUGCUAUCAACAACCGUGAAUGUGGAUGGACAUGUGGCUGUUUCUGACAACAUGUUUGUUCAUAACAAUUCUAAGCAUGGGCGGAGAGCAAGGAGGCUGGACCCGUCUGAAGCUACACCCUGCAUCAAAGCUAUCAGCCCCAGUGAAGGUUGGACCACCGGUGGGGCCAUGGUGAUCAUCAUAGGGGACAAUUUCUUUGAUGGACUCCAAGUUGUAUUUGGGACCAUGCUUGUAUGGAGUGAGCUGAUAACACCUCAUGCCAUCAGAGUCCAGACUCCCCCUCGGCACAUCCCUGGAGUGGUGGAAGUGACAUUAUCAUAUAAGUCUAAACAAUUCUGCAAAGGGGCCCCAGGAAGGUUCAUUUACACAGCAUUAAAUGAACCUACCAUAGACUAUGGCUUCCAGAGAUUACAGAAAGUCAUCCCGAGGCAUCCUGGAGAUCCAGAAAGACUAGCUAAGGAAAUGCUGUUGAAAAGAGCGGCUGAUUUAGUGGAAGCCCUUUAUGGAACACCACACAAUAACCAGGACAUCAUUCUGAAGCGAGCUGCUGACAUUGCUGAGGCCCUCUACAGUGUCCCAAGGAAUCCCAGCCAGAUCCCAGCUCUGUCUAGCUCUCCAGCUCACAGUGGCAUGAUGGGUAUCAACUCCUAUGGCAGCCAACUAGGUGUCAGCAUCUCAGAGUCCACACAGGGAAACAACCAAGGUUACAUCCGGAACACAAGCAGCAUCUCUCCUCGUGGCUACUCCUCCAGUUCCACCCCCCAGCAGUCCAACUACAGCACGUCCAGCAACAGCAUGAAUGGAUACAGCAACGUGCCCAUGGCCAACCUGGGCGUGCCGGGCUCCCCAGGCUUCUUGAAUGGCUCCCCCACAGGAUCCCCUUAUGGAAUCAUGUCUUCAAGUCCUACAGUUGGCUCUUCCAGUACGUCCUCCAUCCUCCCGUUUUCGUCUUCCGUCUUCCCAGCUGUCAAACAGAAGAGUGCCUUUGCUCCUGUCAUUAGACCCCAAGGCUCCCCUUCUCCAGCCUGCUCUAGUGGAAAUGGAAAUGGAUUCAGAGCCAUGACCGGCCUCGUCGUUCCCCCAAUGUAAACAGAAGGAAGAGUUGUGUCUCAGAGCACACAACUACUUCAUCCAAUGGACCACUAAUACGGAAAGCACUAAGAGCUCUUUGAGGGGGUGUAAUGCCCCUCGAAGGAUCACUCUGUAUGGAUUUGGAUAUGCAAGGAGCCUGCAUCUUACCUGGUCUCGUGUCCCUCCUGUAGCCGAGAGAUCGGCUGCCCAAACUCCACCCCCAC